GGGGAAGCUGGGGUGGGCGGUGGCGUCGUGAGAGCAAGGGUUUCAGGUCUCGCGGAGUUUCCAGGCCGGUCUCGCGAGAUCUCCCCGAGGGGCGGAGCCUGGUGCUGUCAUGGCCGCCUCCACCGAUUGAGCUACUCGUGUUGUCGGAGUGAGAACCUGGGAGGCGCCCCCGCCCCAUGCUCUGGGGAUGCUCGACUCACUGGGGCACGUCGGCCGCUGCAGCACCCGCCGGAGCAGACACGUCCCCGGCCGCGCUCCCCGCCGCCCGCCCAGCUGAGCCCCCGGGCGAUGGAGGCAGAGACUCUCGCUGGCGAUGCCUGUGUGGAUGAUCCGGCCGGGGGAGCUGCCGGGUCCCCGGAGACGUCUGCCCAGCUGAGCCCCCGGGCGAUGGAGGCAGAGACUCUCGCUGGCGAUGCCUGUGUGGAUGAUCCGGCCGGGGGAGCUGCUGGGUCCCCGGAGCCGCCCGCCAAGCUGGCCCGGCAGAACGGCUCGCCCGGGGGCGAGGCGCCGGGGGCGGGAUCCAUGCCGCAGGAGGACCCAGGUUGGGAGCUGGCUGGUGGAGAGGGGCAGGCGGAAGCAGGGAACGAAGUGGCGGAGGAUGGAGGACCGGGACCGGAGUGGGAAGAGGAGUACUACCUGCCGGGCUACGAGUUCCUGGGGCCCCCCAAACUGCUGACGGGCGCCUGGGGCGAAUACGGCUGCCUGCUGGAGAACUUCCUCAAGGGCUGCAAGUGGGCCCCCGACGGCUCCUGUCUCCUGACCAACAGCGCUGACAACACCCUGCGCAUUUACAACCUGCCCCCUGAGCUCUACUGCCAGGAGUGGGGGGCCGUGGCCGAGAUGAGCCCCGUGCUGCGAAUGGCCGAGGGAGACACCGUCUACGACUACUGCUGGUUCCCGCUGAUGAGCUCCGCCGACCCACCCACCUGCUUCUUUGCCAGCAGCAGCCGGGACAACCCUGUCCAUGUGUGGGACGCUUUCCGCGGGGACCUGCGGGCCACAUUCCGCAGCUACAACCACCUGGAUGAGCUGACGGCCGCUCACUCCCUCUGCUUCACCCCCGACGGCUCCCAGCUAUUCUGCGGGUUCGAUAAGACCGUGCGGGUGUUCGAGACGGAGCGCCCGGGCCGGGUGUGCGAGAGCCGUCCCACUUUUGUGAAGAAACAGGGGCAGUGCGGUAUCAUCUCCUGCAUCGCCUUCAGCCCGGCCCAGCCCCUCUACUCCUGUGCCUCCUACUCCCGGACGGUGGGGCUGUAUUCGCGGGCCGAGGGUGCGCCGCUGGCCAUGCUGCAGGGCCACCGGGGCGGCGUCACUCACGCCCUCUUCUCCCCCGACGGCACCCGGCUCUUCACCGGUGGGCGCAAGGACCCCGAGAUCCUGUGCUGGGACCUGCGGCAGCCGGGCCGGGUUCUGUUCUCCAUGCACCGCACCGUGGCCACCAACCAGCGCCUCUACUUCGACCUAGAGCCGAGCGGCCAGUUCCUGCUGAGCGGUACCACGGAGGGGCUGGUCUCAGUGUGGGACACGGCUCAGCCCCCGACCGGAGACCCCAAGCCGGUGCUGGAACCCGUGCUGCAAUUCCAGGCCCUGCAGGACUGCGUCAAUGGGAUCAGCCUGCACCCCAGCCUUCCCUUGCUGGCCAGCGCGUCCGGCCAGCGCGAGUUCCCGGAGCCAUGGGACAGCAGUGAGGAGGACGAGGAAGGGGAGCCCAGGCCCCCUCAGCGCCCGGCUCGCGGCCAGAACUGCCUCCAGCUGUGGUGGUGUGGGGAGAGCAGGGGGCACAGCCCUGCCCCGUGAUGCUGCCUGCCCGGACUGUGUGGCCUGGAUGACUCGGGAAGGGCGGCGGGGGGGCUCGGCUGGAGAUUUCGGGGUGGCUUAGGUUGGGGGGAGA